UGCUAAUGUUUUCUGUCUAAUUGGAUUGAACACAAUCAAUGGAAUUUAAAUGACUGCCAUUUUUGUUCAUUUCACAAAUGUGACGUCAGCAGUCAGAUGAAGAUGAUUUAGAUAGAUAAUGAAAAUAUUCAUAGUGCCGCUGUCAUUAUUGCCUCAAUCAUCGCAGUCAACAGAUGAAAAGCGGAAGACGCAAGACCACGCUCCUCUGUUGCUCUUUCUUCCUAAGUAAAAGCAGGCGAAAACGAAGAACACAAACACUAAUGUCUGCUUGUUUAUUCUAAAGAUAUCGUCGUAUCAGCAUGGCAUCAGCAAUAACCUAAUUAUAGGAGGACAAAUGAAAACAGUCAGUGGAUCAAUGCGAUGUCCUUUGCAGUUUGCUCUUCUCUCAGCCUCAAAGGGUCAAAUGUCACUGAAACGGUGUUUCUAUUCUGUCCAAUCACCACUCAGCAUUGACUGUCGCUAAAUUGUCUAUUUAUUUUUUCUCACUAUGGAUUCCAUCAGCGAGAACCGAGGGACUGUUGGUAUGGAAAUUUCAGGUGCUGAUUCGAAUCAAGAUGAAGUGGAAAUCAUGGCAGAUCAUGGCACUUUUGGACCUGCGAUCCAUGACGUGGAAAAUAUGGAUGAGGACGAUUCGGACGACAUUCAAGUCAUUGCGUCGAUCACUAGUAAUAGCAGUAGUCUUUCGUCAUCAUUACGUAAUAACGAUGUGUACAGUGUGAAUUUUCUUCAUCAACGACAGCUGCAAUUAGAUAAUCACAGCCUGGCGUUUGUAAGCAACGGCAGCGAGCUACUAGGAGCCAAUACUGCAAUAACAUCUUUCAACAGUUCAAAUGGAAGGAUGAUGAGCAGCGACAUUUUGAAAAGCAGCAGCGCCGAUGUGGUCUCAACAACAGUUAACAGUGCAAUAAUAUACUCCUCCCACAACAACAACUCAAUCUCAAAUAGCCAGCAGACAAGGACGCCCUUGACCCUAGCUCAAAACCAACUCCACCCCCUUAGCCAACACACACUAUCUCUCGGAGCACAACAACAACACACGACAAUAGUGUCCCAGCCAUCUUCAUGUGGCAAGCUGUUUAGUCACAUCUCCACUUCAGGCGCAGUGGGUGCAGGACAAACAGGUUACACUCUACUGAGGUCGGCAAGUGGGCCCUCUGGGAAGAGCUGCACGGGGGCAGGAUACGCAACUGCCACGUCUGUGGUCGAGAAAUCAUACAGUGCAAACGCGUCGAGUGAAGUAAAGAGCACAUUGCAGAGACACAUUCUGAGCAAGCGCUUUUCGGCCAACGCGGCCUACGCAAUCAGUGGUCAGCACUCUAAACCCAGCGGAGGGGGCGCCUAUCCUCCAAAUUCGAACCCAUCCUCAAAGUCCCCCGCCGCCUCCACUUUCCUCUCUCCCCCCAACUCAUCCCUGCUGCAGCCCCCCUCAAAUAUGUCAAUGAGGCUACCCAAUUCAUCCUGUGGAACUUCAAAUAACUCAGGAGGUCACCUUCAAAUGGACUCGCUUGACCCGGCCAUGCUGGAGAACAGCUACUCUUCUAAGAGACUACUCACUUUAAGCAACAGCUACGGCGCCACUGCCACACACCCAAAUGUCACAGUAAAACCGGAGCAGUACAAAGAACCGCUGCGCAAAACAUACUCGGAGCCCAAUUUGAAAAUGGUUCGGAAUAAAUUAAAACUGCACCCUCCGCACGACGAAGUGCUGCUAGAACAUCACGACCAAAUGAUGGACCACGGAGCCGCCCUAACCGGAAACAGUCUCAUAUCUCGUCAGAUCGGCAUGUACCCUCGUGGACUAGCCCAUAAUAUCCCAUCGCAUAGAGUAAUAGCAUCAUGUAAAAGCAACCCACACGACUCAAUUCAGAACUACCACUCAGGAGCGGGUGGAGGAGGCAACUUGGGAGGGGGAAUUGGAGCAGGAGCCUUUUUCAGAGGAGGUCCGCUGCUUCAUUCUGCCACCAAGCGGUCUUCUGUGGACUAUCUGCUGCCGGCGCCGCCCUCACACAAAUCCAAAACAAUGCCUCUUUUUCCUCUUCACAACACUGCUAAUCAACUGCAAGAUUUCGGCCACGGAAGUCCUGUUGCGGCUAAACUGCCGGCUACUCAGAACACCUUGACGACCAACUUUAGAAGUGGAGGAGGCGAUGGAAGUGGCAGUGGUAGUGGAGGAGGAGGGGGCUCCAAUUUUCACAGUCCACUCCGGAUACGACUGUCGGAUGAAAACUCAUCCUGCGGAAGUGUCUCGCCUCAGGUUCUCGAUGCCAACUCGGAGGCGCAACGUCAACACCAACAACAAAGACCACCGCAGCCGCCACAGCCACACGCUCUGUCGGGAUCACCGGCAGCUUCUCUUUUCAACCAGCAGGGUAUCUCGAAAUCAUCCUCGUAUCACGGGUCUAUUCUGGACCUGAAGGGAUUCCACAAUCCAUUGCUGACCUCACCGCCCUCUUCUAAUAUCCAUCACCAUCAGCAGCAGUCGUCGCCAAACACCACAGCCGCAAACGCCGCUGCUCUUAGUGCAAUAAUAUCGGCUGCAGCAGUGCAACACAAUUCAAGUCAAACCUCAACCGGUGUGGGUGGUACAGCAACAAAUGUGCACCAAAACCCUCAAACCCGACCACUUAUUAACCAACCAUUCUUCACCGCGAACCCACAAAUAGAUCCGACACGUGAUCUAAACGCUGCUAUUGCUGAGGCAGCUGGUAAAUUCGGAAUUACGCAAAGUGAAAUGUUGGCCCAGUUGAAAAACGACGCGUCAAUUACAGGAGAUCCAGCAAUGACAGCGUUGUUAAUACACCAAUUGCAGCAACAGCAGCAGAUGUCUAAUACCGCCACUGCGAUUCCCUUGUAUAGACACCUGUCGGACAGCUCUAUCCAGUCUUCGUUUCCACCUAACAGCAAUCAGAACCAAGAGUCGAACUCACAUCCACCGCUCAGGAGAAUCAUCGGCCCGGCGGCUUCAACAAACAACCUGCCAGUUCCACCGAUGCCGGCAUUGCUCUCCUUUGCAGCCUCGAACCGGAACAUUUCUCAGCCAGGAGGAGUUGACGGAGGAAACAAUUCUACGUCGCCAAUACUGCAGUCACUCUCGGCUGAUUCGGCCACCCUGAAGGAUCAGCAGCAGAAUCUGUUCAAUAGACACUUGAACUCGUCUAUUUUGUCAGCGGAGUACAACCAACUCUUCAAUUUUUACUACAGGCAAUAUUCGACCGCUGCUUUACUUGGAGCUGCGAAUGUGGACCAGAACUCAGCAGUAGCAGCUGCAUCUCUGCUGAUGCCGGCCGCUUUUAACCCGCCCAAAGUGGUACUGGAGCCGCCUCCUCCUACACCUCAAUUUGCAGACAUGCAACUAGGUAACAGCCAGGAGACAAGCAGCACACCCACACAAGUUCACAGUGAGAGAGAAGGCAGCAGGGAAGCUUCUUCGUCUGCGUCGAAAGCCGCUGGUCCCGGAAUGCAGGCACUGCAGGCUAAACUUCAACACCGAAAGCAACGCAAAGAAGCUUUAGCAGCUGGAAUCAAACAAGAACCAGACGCCGCCAUGGAUGCUUCCGAGGCACCACUCCAAAGAGGCGAGCUCUCAGAUACCGGAUCAUCUCCAAGUUCAGAUCCCGACAAUUCCUCAACUGUCUUCGGAGUCCCAACAUCCGCAUCAGAUUUUCAUUCGCCAAGUAUGAGAACAGCUUUACCAGGGGCUUGUGAUAUGUCAUCGUCGAUUUCGAGUGAUAUGUCUGCGAAUCUUGUUGGUGGACCAAAGAAGCAGCCAGGAGUUGUUUUGAAGAAACACCAGAUUUUCAUGAUGCACUCGCUUCAAAACUCAUCCGGCGGAGCACACGAUGACAAGAAGUCAAAUGUUGACAGCUACAGUGCUCAUUUGGCAUCCAAGAGAACAGGUUUGGGCUAUAACCCAGUUGUGUUGAAACACCAAUGCAGCUGCGCCAAUGCAGAUGCCCAUAUUGAGAGUCCACUCAGAGUGCAGUACGUCUGGAUUAAACUGCUAGACCUGGAUAUCCCAAAGCACUGCAAGGUAUCUCUGGGACGAGAAGUUCAGAUUCAGGAGCUGGAGCAAGUUCACAACUCGAAGUACGUACAAGCGUUCUCUGGUUCCGAUCAAGAGUUGGCAGAAGAACUGAACUCGCAGCUGUCCGCACUCUCCUGCGGGGGCAAGGGAGUGGACAUGGACCUAGUGUGGAACUCGCACUGUUCCCCGGGGGCCUGUGUAGGUGCGGUGGGGGUGGUGCUGGAGCUGGCGGAGAAGGUGGCGAGGAAUGAACUGAGUAAUGCAUUCGCACUUGUCAGACCACCUGGACAUCAUGCUGAAAAUAGUCAGCCGCUUGGCUUUUCAUUCUUCAACAAUGUGGCCAUCGCAGCCAAGUCUUUGCUGGCAAAGAAUCUGGCCCGAAAAAUUGCAAUAAUUGAUUGGGAUAUUCACCACGGGAUCGGCACGGAGAAAGUUUUCGAAAGUGAUCCCAAUGUACUCUACAUCUCAGUACACAGAUUCGACAACGGAUCUUUCUUUCCGGGAACUGGAUCCCCAACAUCCGCCGGAACCAAGGAGGCACUCGGGAAGACAGUCAACGUUGGGUUCUCAAGUCAUCCGGACGUCCCGAUGGCCGAUGAGGAUUACAUGGCAGCAUUUAGAGCAGUAGUCGUACCCUUAUGUCAGCACUUUGACCCGGACAUCGUUCUGGUCUCGGCCGGCUUCGACGCUUCCAGAGGUCACUCGCGCAAGCUAGGCGGAUACAUAAUAACUCCAGAAUGUUUCGGCUGGAUGACGAAACAGGUGCUGAGCGUGUCGAACGGGAAAGUGUUGCUAUGUCUCGAAGACGGAUUCGAUCUGAACUCCCUGACUGACUGUGUCGUGGCAUGCAUGUACCAGCUGUUAAGGGCAUCCACAAUCUCUUCGCCCACUACCAGUUCCACGCGUGAACAUUCAGGGGAGGGGUUUGCAGCUGGCGACGUAAUAGGCAGUAGCUACAGUGACCAACAGAGUUCGUUCAUGCAGAGAUUGUUGCACCCCCCUCUUGUGAAGAAGACUAGUUUAGAGGCACUGCCCUCCCCCGAGGCCAUGGCC